CUGAAAAUUAUGUGGCAGAACUUACAAAUGUUUGCAAAUCCAUGCCCUGCUUAAUUCACAGAGUGCAGAAGGGUAGUGAUAUUCUUAAGCCCCCCGCAGCAAACGUAGAAAAAGAGAGCCACCAAGCACCUUAGAAACAAAUGGAUUAACGUGGCAGAGCCAGUCGUAGGGCUAGAGAGUUUGGGAUCAGAGCAUUCUGCAGGCGGAACAGCAGGUGCCUCCGAGUUCUGACAGAGGAGCAUCACCACUCAGGAGGGGCCAGGUGGGGCCAGGUCCUGGUGGGGGGGUUGCCACGGUGACAAGGACCCGCCCUCCUUUAUGACAUCUCUUGCUUCUCCUUUAAAAGCCACUGACUUGCAGGCGGCCAUUGUGGGUUAGUGAGGAGAGCUUAGAGGAGGUGGCAGUUGGUGGUGGCAGUUGGUGAGAGCAAGCGGAGAUUUAGUGAUUUGUUCUUUUUUCAUUUUGUUAUUUUGAUUUUGAUUUCAUUUAUUACUUUUAUUUUAUUUAUUUUAUUUGAUUUAUUUUGAUUUUCUUUUAUUCUUUUAUUUUAACAUUUUUAUUUAUUUUAUUUUAUUUUUUGUUCUUUGUUUUAAUAUUUUUGUUUUUUGUUUUUUUGUGCACACCUGUGCAUAGUCUGUAUAUAUUUUUAUUUUUUAGAUAGAGGAAUAGUUAGGGUUUUUGUGGACGACAUGGGCAGACUGAUCAGGUGCUUAAGACGCCUUUUCAGGCGCUGCCACAGGGUGGCCCCCCAGCCAGACACAGAGCAGCCCGUGGCGCCAGUUCUGCUGCGGUUCAGCAUCCCAGCCCCAGGGCUGCUGGAGGAUGAACAGCGCUACAUCCUGGGGGUCAUUGAGAGCUGCCAGGCAGCGGAGCUCAGGGGACUCCGAUCCCUGAAGUGCUCCAAGGAGGAGACAGCCCAUAAAAUUCUGGACAUCUUGGGGCCCUUGGAGCACUUCAGGGAUCGGCCCCUGACCCUGGCCCUUGCCUUGGAGGCCCUCCUCCAGCUAAGCACGAUGAGGCCCAGAUUCACCACUGACAUGAUCAGUGCCAUCCUGCACAGGAUGUUGGAGGCUGUGCUCAGUGGGGCCAAGGAGGAGAAGGAGGAGGAGAAGAGAGAUGAACUGAAGAGGCACUACCGGCUUCUGCUGGGCAGUCUUCUUAUGGAGGCACCCAACCCUGCCACCCUCCUCCAACUUCUCAGUGACCUCAGAGGAUACGCCCUGGGGGAAAGUGGCGAGGCCCAACAACUUGCGGCCAGCAGCAUCUCUUUGCUGCUGGCCAUUGCCAGGAAGUACCCCAAACUCAGAAUGACAGUUGUUCGGCCAGAACUGGCUUGUUUCCGCCGGAAGCCAAAAGAAGAUGACAUCAUCAUUGAAGAUCUAUAGCCAUAACUGUCUGCAGUGACGCUGGAGCGGCUAGGAUCUGAGGAUCAGGAAAGCACUCAGCGUCGGCUACUGGAACAGUUUGAACUGCUAGAGGACCACAGUAGGUGACUCACAGAGCAGCUACACCAGUUGCAGAGCCAGGCGGGACCUGAGGGUCAACAGAGGCAGCAGCUAGAAGCCGGUGAGUGCCAGCCAGGACUGUCCAGUCGGACUCUAAAGAGAGAGUCAGGAGAGAUCGCUGGAGACCCCACAGAAGGGGCUCAGCAAGCACCAGCAGAGAUGGCAGAUUUCCAGUCUUCCCAAGUUGUAAAUAUUGGGGGAGGCAUCCCUUUUGAACUUCUCUCAGAAAGCAACUGGCUGAGUUGGUCAAUAAAAAUGCAGCAGUUGUUAAGGAGAGAUGGACUAUGGGACUGUGUUGAAACUGCGGUUUUGAGACGGGACUCUACUGAGAAAAGACGGCUGGAUGAAAGGGCUCAUGCCCAAAUUAUGCUGUGUUUGAGCAACUCUCAGUUAUUGCAUGUAGCAAAUGCCAGCACAGCGUUUGAGUGCUGGAAUUUAUUAAGGGCAAUGCAUGUCAGAGAAACUGCUGGAACUAUAAUUUCUCUGACCAGAAGGCUGUUCAGGACUGUUAUGAAAGAAGGUGAGAGUUUGGCAGCUCAUCUUCAAACGCUGAAAUCUCUGUUUCUUCAACUACAACAGAGAGGUAAGCGUUAGGAUGAAACUGACCAAAACUACGUUAUCCUUUCAAGUUUGCCUGAAAGCUGGUUGCCUGUGAUUAACAGCAUGGAGAGUAUGCGUCCCUGAGAUCUGACCCUUGAGUAUGUGGUUGGAAGAUUGACCGAAGAAGCAGAAAGAAGGUCAGACAGACAGGCUGAACUCCAAGAGCGGAGGAGUUAUAGCCGAGGGGGCCAGCAGCAGAAUCUGCCAAUGGGGCAACGCCAAGUUUGGGACUUGGCCAUGGCAGUGAGGAGAUGCUAUAGAUGCAGCCAAGCCGGGCAUCUCCAACGUCAAUGCAGGGCAAAGCCUCCAGGAGACGACAUGGAGCAGAGACAGCAAUCAAUGCAGAAAUGUAAGCAGAAGGGGUUCUCUUCAGGGAAGAAGAACACGCGUUCUGCUCAACUUGUGUCUGCAUUUUCUCAAGACG